UGCAUGCACACAUGUGAUUUCCGUGUACACCGCGACUGAAGCGUUCAAGUGACCCGCGGACCCACCAUUCACUUCGUACCGCAGCAACUGUUUAGAUUUGAGAUUUUAUUACCGACCAAAACUACUCAACUCUAUAUUUUUAAUACAAUCACUGGCAAACAAUUCCAUCAUGGAUGCUGGUGCAACUCUCCUUUCCAGGAGCUAUGCUCCAACGAUCCCUGUCUAUCCAACACAGACCACAGUAGGAACCAAGACAGACCAGGCCCUGUCUCAAGAUCUUGCCAAGAUGAGUGGCCUAGGUGAAACCGGGGUCUAUGGUGUUCCCACUGGGGCACCGGCCGCACAGGGUUUCCGCUCCGGCAAGCACACCACUCAGGAAUGGCACGAAUCCAACUACAACAAAUAUUUCCAGAGUUUCACAGACCGCGAUAACGCUGAGAGGCUAUGCCACGAGUCCAAGCAGCUCUCGAACGAGACCCAUGCUCUGACCAUGCGCACACAGGCCGACGUCACAAAGAAGCUCGGGGACAGGAUGAACGACAUCAACUUCUGGAAGUUUGAGCUCAACCGUGAGAUUGAGGAGAUGAUCGAGGAGACAGACCUGCUCUGUGCACAGAAGAAGCGGUUAGAAAAUGCGCUGGAUGCAACAGAAGUGCCACUGAAGAUAGCUAGGGAUAAUCUGACCUGCAGGUCAAGGAGGCAAGAUAUUGAUCUCGUUGGAGACAGGGUAGAGAUGGCUCUUAAUAAGGAGGUAGAUAUCAUCACAAAAGUUCAAGAUCUACUCAAGAGAACAUUAGAACAAUCUGAUAGACAAAUCAAGCUCAACCGUGGUUCAAAGCACAAAUUGACCAUGGACUGGUCAGAUAAACUCUCUGCCUUCAAGAUUGAUGAGAAAUGUACUGGACUUAACAACAAUUCAACCGAGAUCCAGUACAAGGAAGGAUCAGCCAAAUUUGAGGCAGUUCAAACUAACCCACAAUCCUGGGCAGAGUUUUCGCAUGACAACGUUGUCCGUGCCGAGCACGAGCGUCUUGCUUCCCAGCAGCUCCGCAACCUGAUAGACCAGAUCCUCACAGAUACCUCCAACGACAUGAGGGAACAGUGCAACACCGUCAACACAGAGUUUGCUCGCCGCAUCGAAGAGAUGAAUGAUGCCAAGACAAAGAUGGAAAACCACUUGCUGAAGACCGUUGAAGAUAUCGCUGGCAUGGAGAAGAACAUCAAGGAUCUGACCCAGGCCGUCAAGGACAAAGAGGCCCCAAUGAAGGUGGCCCAGACCAGGUUGGACCACAGAACACACAGGCCCAAUGUGGAACUCUGCAGGGACCCAGCCCAGUACAGGAUGGUCCAAGAGGUCGGUGAGAUCCAGGACUCCAUCGACAAGCUCCAGCAGAAGCUGGCUGAGUCCAAGGCCUCGCUCAAGGACCUGAUGGACACCCGCAUGGCCCUGGAGAAGGAGAUUGCACUCAAGAAGAACAGCAUCUUUGUCGACCGCGACAAGUGCCUCAAGUUCCGCACCCGUUACCCAUCCACCUCCAAGCUCGUUGGCUAUCAGUAAACUGUUCUCUCAUGUGCUCGGUUUGUCAGAAAUAGUAAAAUAAUGACUACAAAAGUGAGCAUUUUCAGUGCCUCAAGUUCCGCACCUGUUACCCAUCCACCUCCAAGCUUUUUUGCUAUCAGUAAACUGUUUUCAGUUGUGCUCAGUUUGUCCGAAAUUGUUAAUACCACGACUACAAAAAUGAGCAUUUUCAGUAUAUCCUCAUCAGUCCAUGAAGGCAACGAAGAUGUGUUUUCAUAACUUAUGGCAACAAGAAUCAAUGUCAAUUGACUAUCUGAUAUGUUAUGUUUAUUGGAAUUUAGUUCAAAGGCAAAUAGUGAAAUAUUAACCUGUAUUGAAAACAAAAUACAGCAUUUAUUUUUAAAGAUAUACCUGAACCUUUUGCUCAUUUUUGUAGUUGUUGAAAAACAGCAAGCCCUAAGUUUUAUUUAUUUAUCUAAUAUCUGAAACAGUAUUGGCCAUUCAAGCAACAGCUGGAUUGAAGGAGUGAUAAACAAAGCUACAUGAAAGUACCAUGUCAGUUGACCCCUUGAUAAAAUGAGGACUGCUAGGUAUUUGGACUUGGUUAGAAUGUAGUAAUAUGCUGG